AUGGAUGCCCCGCGGCCACAGAUGAAGCGACAUAGAGGCUUCAGUCAGGGACUUUACGGGAGUAUUCAUCUCAUAGUGGGGGGCGUAGCAUGCAACGAGUACUCCAUACACACAUAUGCUUUCCACUUCUAUUACCACCUCGCACUGUUCAACAUGUGCCAAGGUAGCAGAAUGCCUUAUCCUGUUGUGGUGGGAGACCGGCUUCAAAGGCAGCCAAUAACAAGGGUUGCAAUAGUCACUGGUCUGGAAAGCCAAAGGAGCAAGCAGUGCACAUUGGCUCCGUCGUAG